AAACAACGCCACGUGUACGUUCUAGAAUAACCACCCGCGAACUUCAACAUUCGCCGCCCUACCGUCCAACUCCCACGGCGGCGCUCCAUUAGAAAAAUACACACACAAACAACCACAAAAUGUCUCUCACAACCAGCACGUUCUCUCUCAUCUCACCAAAUACGCAUCCACACCAUAGCUCUCAUGCACCUCACCACACCAAAUCCUUCCCCAUGGCCACCGUCUUCCGCCGCCAAUUAAAUCACAUCCUCCGCGGCCGUCAAUCUCUCUCAAUCACCGCUGCCGUUCGUCAACAACAACCGGACACAACUCUCUGGACUCCGGCUCGUCUCGCCACCGUCAAACCUGCCGCCGAAUCAUUAUUCCACGUCAGCAUCGACGUUUCCGAUGCAGCCGACGUGGCGUCGUCGUACACCGUCGCCGGACAGUAUCUUCAGGUACGAAUUCCGGACGUUGAGAAACCGUCGUUUCUAGCGAUCGCUUCGCCGCCGGAGGUUGCGUAUAAAAACGGUGUUUUUGAGUUUUUGAUAAAAAGUAUCGCCGGAUCUACGGCGGAGCUGUUGUGUGAGUUAGGUAAAGGUGACGUUGUUGAAUUGAGUCCUGUUAUGGGAAAAGGAUUCGAUACUGAUCAAAUUUCUCCGCCUGAGAAUUAUCAGUCUGUUUUUAUUUUUGCCACCGGUUCUGGAAUUAGCCCUAUUCGUUCUUUAAUCGAAUCAGGCUUUAGUGCGGACAAGAGAUCAGAUGUGAGGUUAUAUUAUGGUGCAAGAAGCCUUCAAAGAAUGGCUUAUCAGGAUAGAUUUAAAGCCUGGGAAUCUGCGGGAGUUACUAUUGUGCCUGUGCUGUCCCAGCCUGAUGAAAGUUGGGCUGGUGAAUCCGGUUAUGUACAGGCAGCUUUUGCUAGAGCUAAACAACUAUAUGCCCCUGAAUCAACCGGCGCAGUGCUUUGCGGUCAAAAACAGAUGGCUGAGGAAGUUACUUCUAUUCUUGUUGGCAAUGGAGUACCCAACGAGAAGAUCUUGAAGAACUUCUGAGGUCCAUUUUGGUGGAUUGUUGUACAAUUAUGGGGGAAUAGUUGCUCUCAGUUCGUUCAUUCCAUGUUGCUAAGUGCCUGACUGGAAUUACAAAAUUUUUACCAUUUUUGAGAUGCAAGUGUAGAAUUAUUGCCUACAUAGAAGCUUACUUUAAAUUGGUCAGGCACCCGGGCAGUUUACGAGAGUAGACCAGGGUCCAUGAAUCGUGCUUGGUCACUGCCUGUACUAUGUACUAACUACUCGUAUAUUUUUAGUCAUGCUGAAAUGUUAUAUAAUGUCAUAGGUCCAAAUUUUGAACUUCGCUUCUUAUUCAACAUCAAAUAAUAUAUGGAGAACUUAAAUGUU